AUGAAGUCAAAGCAGCCAAAGUGGAAGGAGUUUCACUGUCCACCACUAUCGGAAUCACGCAAGGAUCAGAUUAUUCGCGAGGCCCAUCGUGCGUGCAAAGAAUUACUACGUUUCUCAACAAGUGAUGUUGUUAACAUUAACAGCACAGACUCGAGUCUUGAUUGCGAAGAAGAGCAUUUGCACUACGGUCUUAAAUGGGAAUUUACAGAACAGAUGGAGAGCAUUCGUGUGGAGAAAGUCAGAGUCAAAUCUGAGACUAAGAAAAGCGUCUACUAUUUUCGAGGGAUCACUCAGAUGGAGUCCAGGAUCGAGGAAAUUAUGGAACUUUACGACGUAGACAUGACACAUCCUAACAUGCAGCUGGAAAAAAAGUUGUCGCCGGAUAUUUUACACUCGAUCGUGCUGUACGAGAUUCAACCCUACCGUUUAGAUAACAGUACCGUUUUCAUCGGAAUACGCUGGUCAGCUUUGCGGUCUCCUUACGUCAUGAUACGGAAUCGUGACUUUUGCUGCCUCGAAAUUCAGCGCCGCCUUACAUUGGCCGACGGUCGACGAGGCUUUGUUCGAUGUCUGCACUCAGUCAAGAUCAAGAGCUGUCCGGAUAUGGAAAAGUCUCAUGGCUUUGUAAGAGGCAGUAUCUAUCGCUCAGUGUACACCGACUUGAAAGGAAAUGUACCACAGUGGGUAGCGGUCAAAGGAUUGCGACGAAGACUCAUGAGUUUAGAGCAUUUAAAAAAAUACGUUCACAUGAAGCGCGUUGCCAGUCAAACCUUUGCGCGUCGAAGCGAAUUAAUGUCACCAGGGAACGUCAAGACGUGUUUUGUGUGUGUGGACGAUAUUGGCACGUUCAAAAGGCGAUAUAACUGUCAAAAGUGUGGCGAGGUGAUCUGUGCCCGUUGUAAACUAACUAUCAAUGCAGAUAUUCCAGUUGUUGGCAAGAUGAAAUUAACAAUAUGCAGUUUGUGCUCGCUAGCCAUCAAUCGCAGUGCACUACCAGACAACAGUUCGGACGAAAUUGAUGGGCUUAACCACAGACCAUUCUCAGCGACAAUUCAGCCGACUUAUGAACACUUUGGAUGCGAAGAUCAUGCGCCCAUACGCAAGCGGGCUUUGAGUUUCAACUCGUUUCACACGGCAAAUUUCGAUCACACGUCACUGCAGAGUUCGGUCUUAGCUCGUGAAUUCUAG